GGUUCUAGGCGAUGCCGAGCAGCUCGGACACGGCGCUGGGGGGAGGCGGGGGCCUGAGCUGGGCCGAGAAGAAGUUGGAGGAGCGCCGCAAGCGGAGGCGAUUCCUGUCCCCUCAGCAGCCGCCACUGCUGUUGCCGCUCCUGCAGCCGCAGCUCCUGCAACCGCCGCCGCCCCCGCCGCCUCUGCUCUUCUUGGCUGCCCCCGGCGCGGCCGCCGCCGCAGCCGCCGCCGCCGCGGCCUCCUCCUCCUGCUUCAGCCCGGGCCCCCCUCUGGAGGUCAAGCGGCUGGCGAGAGGCAAGAGGCGCCCGGGAGGGCGGCAGAAGCGGCGCCGCGGGCCCCGCGCCGGGCAGGAGGCGGAGAAGCGCCGGGUCUUCUCGCUGCCCCAGCCGCAGCAGGACGGCGGUGGCGGUGCCAGUAGCGGCGGGGGUGUGACCCCGCUGGUGGAGUAUGAGGAUGUGAGCUCCCAGUCCGAGCAGGGGCUGCUGCUGGGGGGCGCCAGCGCGGCAACGGCGGCGACGGCUGCCGGGGGAACGGGGGGCAACGGCGGGAGUCCGGCCUCCUCCUCCGGCACGCAGCGGCGCGCGGAGGGGUCGGAGCGCAGGCCGCGCCGGGACCGCCGCAGCAGCAGUGGCCGCAGCAAGGAGCGCCACCGCGAGCACCGGCGGCGUGACGGGACGCGCAGCGGCAGCGAAGCCUCCAAGGCCCGUGGCCGCCACGGACACAGUGGCGAGGAACGGACCGAGGCCGCCAAGAGCGGCAGCAGCAGCAGCAGCGGCGGUCGCCGCAAGAGCGCCUCGGCUACGUCUAGCAGCAGCAGCAGUCGCAAGGACCGGGACCUCAAGGCCCAUCGCAGCCGGACUAAGUCGUCCAAGGAGCCGCCCUCGGCCUACAAGGAGCCGCCCAAGGCCUACCGGGAGGACAAGAGCGAGCCCAAGGCCUACAGGCGGCGGCAGCGGUCCCUGAGCCCGCUGGGAGGCCGGGACGAAAGCCCGGUGUCCCACAGGGCCUCGCAGAGCCUCCGGAGCCGCAAGUCUCCCAGCCCGGUGGGAGGUGGCAGCAGUCCUUAUUCCCGGAGGCUGGCGCGCUCUCCGAGUCCCUACAGCCGGCGCCGUUCGCCCAGCUACAGCCGCCACAGCUCCUACGAGCGGGGCGGCGACGUGUCCCCCAGCCCGUACAGCAGCAGCAGCUGGCGGCGCUCUCGCAGCCCCUACAGCCCAGUGCUCAGACGGUCUGCCAAAUCUCGAAGCAGAAGCCCAUAUUCAUCUAGGCACUCAAGAUCUCGUAGCAGGCACAGAUUGUCUAGAUCUAGAAGUCGUCACUCAAGCAUUUCUCCUAGUACACUAACUCUCAAGAGUAGCCUGGCAGCUGAAUUGAACAAGAAUAAAAAGGCACGAGCUGCAGAGGCAGCAAGAGCUGCAGAGGCAGCAAAGGCUGCAGAGGCAGCUAAGGCUGCUGAGGCAGCUGCCAAAGCUGCAAAAGCCUCAAAUGCAUCUACCCCUACGAAGGGGAGCACAGAAACUGGUGCCAGUGCCUCACAGACAAACCACGUGAAGGACGUGAAGAAACUGAAAACUGAACAUGCACCUUCGCCCUCAAGUGCUGGGACUGCCAAAAGUGACAGAGUAAAGACAAAGCCACCCCUUCAAGUAACAAAGGGAGACAAUAACUUGAUUGUAGAUAAAGCCUCCAAGAAAACAGUUGUUGGGAAGGAAAGUAAAUCUGCUGCUACAAAGGAAGAACCAGUAUCUACUACUAAAGAGAAAACUAAGCCACUCACACCAAUCAUAGGCGCUAAGGAGAAGGAGCAACAUGUGGCUUUAGUGACCUCUACAUUACCCCCGUUACCUUUGCCUCCCAUGCUGCCUGAAGAUAAAGAUACUGAUAGCUUAAGAGGCAAUAUUUCUGUAAAGGCAGUUAAAAAAGAAGUAGAAAAGAAACUCCGAUGUCUGCUUGCUGAUUUACCGUUGCCCCCCGAGUUACCAGGAGGGGAUGAUCUUUCUAAGAGUCCGGAGGAGAAGAAAACAGCAGCACAGUUACACAGCAAAAGAAGGCCUAAAAUAUGUGGGCCUCGCUAUGGUGAAAUCAAAGAAAAAGAUAUUGACUGGGGAAAACGCUGCGUGGAUAAGUUUGAUAUCAUCGGAAUUAUUGGAGAAGGUACUUACGGACAAGUUUACAAAGCCAGGGACAAAGACACUGGAGAAAUGGUAGCCUUAAAAAAAGUACGUCUGGAUAAUGAAAAGGAGGGCUUCCCAAUUACAGCAAUUAGAGAAAUUAAAAUUCUUCGGCAACUCACCCACCAGAGUAUCAUCAAUAUGAAGGAAAUAGUGACGGAUAAAGAAGAUGCUUUGGAUUUUAAGAAGGACAAAGGGCCUGAAACAUGCUCUUUUGAUGCACUCUCUGGGUUUUCGUCUAUGAGCACUAUUAACGGUGCAUUUUACCUGGUAUUUGAAUAUAUGGACCAUGAUCUGAUGGGACUACUGGAAUCAGGCUUGGUUCAUUUUAAUGAAAAUCAUAUAAAAUCUUUUAUGAGACAGCUCAUGGAAGGCCUGGAUUAUUGUCAUAAGAAGAACUUUUUGCAUAGAGAUAUUAAAUGUUCAAAUAUCCUUCUAAAUAAUAGAGGACAAAUAAAGCUUGCAGAUUUUGGACUUGCUCGUUUAUAUAGCUCAGAAGAAAGUCGCCCGUAUACUAACAAGGUCAUUACGUUAUGGUACCGUCCACCUGAACUGCUCUUGGGAGAAGAACGAUAUACACCAGCUAUUGAUGUAUGGAGCUGUGGAUGUAUCCUUGGUGAACUCUUCACUAAAAAGCCUAUAUUUCAAGCAAAUCAGGAACUCGCACAGCUAGAGCUAAUAAGCCGUAUAUGUGGGAGUCCUUGUCCUGCAGUGUGGCCUGAUGUAAUCAAACUGCCAUAUUUCAACACCAUGAAACCAAAGAAGCAAUAUCGGCGAAAGUUAAGAGAAGAAUUUGUUUUUAUCCCUGCAGCUGCCCUGGACUUAUUUGAUUACAUGCUUGCCUUGGAUCCCAGUAAGCGGUGCACUGCUGAACAGGCUCUUCAGUGUGAGUUUCUACGAGAUGUGGAACCUUCCAAAAUGCCUCCGCCAGAGAGGUUUUUGCACGCUGAGGCAAUGCACCAUAGUAAGAUGGCUGAGAGCCUUCCUUUGUGGCAAGAUUGUCAUGAAUUAUGGAGUAAAAAGCGAAGAAGACAGAAACAGAUGGGCAUGACUGAUGAUCUUUCCACAAUCAAAGCUCCCAGAAAGGAUCUGUCUCUGGGCUUAGAUGACAGUAGAACUAAUACACCCCAGGGUGUGCUGCCUCCUACACAAUUGAAAUCUCAAAGCAACUCAAGUGUAGCACCUGUAAUAACAGGCCCCGGACAGCCGUUAAACCACAAUGAAUUGGCAAUUCUUCUAAACCUACUACAAUCUAAAUCAAGUGUUAAUAUGGCUGAUUUUGUCCAAGUGUUGAACAUUAAGGUAAACUCUGAGACUCAACAGCAGCUAAAUAAAAUAAACCUUCCUGCUGGAAUUUUGGCAACAGGUGAAAAACAGACAGAUCCAUCAACACCACAACAGGAGUCUUCAAAAUCAUUGGGAGGAAUUCAGCCUUCACAGACCAUCCAGCCUAAAGUGGAAACUGAUGCCGCCCAGGCUGCUGUGCAGAGUGCAUUUGCAGUUCUCUUGACUCAGUUAAUAAAGGCUCAGCAGUCAAAGCAGAAAGAGGUCAUGCUAGAAGAGCGGGAAAAUGGAUCGGGACAUGAAGCUCCUUUACAGCUCAGGCCACCUCCAGAACCUAGCACUCCGGGAUCUGGGCAAGAUGAUCUCAUCCAGCACCAGGACAGGAGGAUAAUGGAGUUGACACCAGAACCAGACCGGCCUCGGAUUCUGCCCCCUGAUCAACGACCUCCUGAACCUCCUGAACCACCACCAGUCACUGAUGAGGACCUGGAUUAUCGGACAGAAAACCAGCAUGUACCCACCACUAGUUCUUCACUAACCGACCCUCAUGCUGGAGUGAAGGCAGCCCUCUUACAGCUGCUUGCUCAGCAUCAGCCCCAGGAGGAUCCCAAAAGAGAAGGUGGUAUUGAUUAUCCCACAGGAGACACGUAUGUGCCCACUUCAGACUAUAAGGACAACUUUGGAUCUGCUUUCUCUGCCGCUCCUUAUGUUAGCAGUGAUGGUCUAGGAAGUAGCUCUGCUGCUGCACCUUUGGAACCACGUAGUUUCAUUGGGAACUCAGAUAUUCAGUCUUUGGAGAACUACAGUACUGCUUCAUCUCACACUGGUGGCCCACCUCAAGCUUCUGCCUUUUCCGAGUCAUUUCCCAGUUCAGUAGCUGGAUAUGGAGACAUUUACCUCAAUGCUGGUCCCAUGUUGUUUAGUGGAGACAAGGACCAUAGAUUUGAAUAUAGCCAUGGUCCUAUCGCAGUCCUCACAAACAGCAACGACCCUUCCACAGGGCCAGAGAGUACUCAUCCCUUGCCAGCAAAGAUGCACAACUAUAACUAUGGUGGUAACUUACAGGAAAAUCCAGGUGGCCCUAGCCUCAUGCAUGGGCAGACCUGGACUUCUCCUGCCCAAGGACCUGGAUACUCACAAGGAUACAGAGGACACAUUAGCACAUCAGCUGGCAGAGGUCGAGGCAGAGGGUUACCAUACUGAGUAUCUUGUUUUUCCUCAGGCACAUCAUUUUUAUCUGGAAAGACUUUUCUAGCUGCAAUUUCAGGCAGCAAUCCAAGAGACUUGAAUAAUAUUAAUUCAACAACAGCUUUAUUUUUAUGUGGAAAAGGGUCUUGCAUACAAUAGUGAAAAACAAAAACAAAAAAAAAACUUCGCUUAAUUUCAUGCUGUUCUUACAACUAGCUCUAUUGAUUGUACAUCGUCACAGAUUUUAGUUAACAGUUUUAUUUUGUAUUCUUGCAGUUUUAAGUGGAUGCUAACAUUAGGGACAUAAUGUUUUUAUGGCCCUGUUGCAGAUCUUCUGAACUAUGCACACUUGUGCUUUUUUUUGUAAGUUUGGACCAACUUUUAUGUAACAACCAACCCUUUCCCUCACCCUUCCAGUUUUACAACAAUCAGAAAGGGCACUGAUUUAUUUGGUAUUUUCUUUUUACAAAGCUACCUUUAGUCAAAGGUCACUGUCAGUCUUUGCACCUGCUUUCAGUGUUAUUGUGAAAGGUGUACUUUGUGCUCAUUUCAGAAAAUAAAACACAACCUUUCUCUUGAUGCAACAGUUUUAUAUAAAAAAUGGUCAACAUUAUUUUUGUUUUGUUUUUCAGGUUACCAUAACCCAGCAAAAUUCAUUCAAAUGAAAUAGUGGUUUUUAUAUGAAAACUAUGGGCAGGGUGGGAGGGGUUGAGUAAGUGCCUUAACUGGUAAGCUUAAGGACUGAGGAUGAAGUUAGCCUGUACACCCACUUGUCUUUUAAGGGAGUCUGCAUUGUGUUGAAGAAGCAGGAAGCUCUCAGUUUUUAGGAGUUGCCUGGCCAGUUCUGUUAAGUCCAUUCCCUCUGCCUGUCACACUGUCCUUUUCUGCCUGUCUUUUGCCUGUGUUAACUUUCACUGUUACCUUCUCUUGGUAGUGGUAUAAGAGAAAAGAAAGGGAGAACUCAGUACCUUCUGUUACUUCUGAGAAGUACUAAAAAACAUUAUCACUUAAGUGUUUGAAAGUAAUAGCUGGCUAAAUUUUAGAGUACUCUCUUCUUUCUGGCUGCCAUGCUGACCCAGUUUCUACUUGGAAGACAGGAUUUUUGAAGCAAGUAUGUAAUAAUGAUUCAAAUAAUAAAUGUAUUAAAGUUCACAGAAGGAGGGUGGCAAACACCAUAUCUUAAGUUAUGUCAUUAUUUUUAAAAGUCAACGUAAGUAGAAAUAUGUCCUAGAUUUAAUUUAGUAAAGCAAAAUGAAAACUCAGAGAAUUUUGUGAAAUUUACUGUAACUUCUGCCAGAUUAGAGCAGUGCUACUAGGUUGUUUUAAUGUUUUUUCUUCUAUUAAACUCAACCAAGAAA